ACCAGAUAAGCAGAGAAAGGCUCACCACAACACAACACAACGAGGAAGAGAGAAUAAGAACAGAUCAAUUCAGAUUAACCGCAAAGGCCAGAGGGAGAAAAAAAAAAUGGCGACCCUGUCAAUUUCUCGUUACAGUGGUAACUUCAAUUCUCUCAGUAUAAAUACCUCCCAAAUCGUCCGUCCAAUCUCAAUCCGAUCACCGUUUGCCCGCUCCAUUCGUUUCUGCAAUCUUCUUCUUCGCACCACCAAGCUCUCUGUUUCUUCUGUAUCUCUAACGAUUAUAACAAACCGAGAUCCGAAACAAUGACGAUUAAACCGGCGGUUCGGAUCUCCGACAAGAAGCUAAUCGUCAAAGACCGGGCCAUUCUCGCCGGAGUGCCGGACAAUGUGGUGGCGACGUCGAGCUCCGACUCGGGCCCGGCGGCGGGAGUUUUCGUCGGAGCGAUGCUCGACGAAGAAAGCAGCCGCCACGUGGUUCCGUUAGGCCGUCUCCGUGACGUCCGGUUCAUGUCCUGCUUCCGGUUCAAGCUAUGGUGGAUGGCUCAAAAGAUGGGGGAGAAGGGGAGGGAUAUUCCGUUGGAGACGCAGUUCCUGCUCGUUGAGACCAAGAGCGGGUCCCACCUCGCAUCCGACGGCGGAGAUGGAGUCAAUCAGAUCGUCUACACCGUCUUCCUCCCUCUGAUCGAGGCCUCGUUCAGAGCCUGCCUUCAGGGGAACCAAAACGACGAGCUAGAGCUCGUUUUGGAGAGCGGCGACGAGAGCAUCAAAGCGUCGUCGUUUACCCACUCCCUGUUCGUUCACGCCGGCACGGAUCCGUUCGCCACGAUAACGGAGGCGAUGACGGCCGUUAGGUCGCAUCUCCAGACGUUCCGCCUCCGUCACGAGAAGAAGCUCCCCGGAAUCGUCGAUUACUUCGGGUGGUGCACGUGGGACGCGUUUUACCAGGACGUGACGCAGGAAGGCGUCGAGGCCGGGCUCCAGAGCCUCGCCGGCGGCGGGACGCCGCCGAAGUUCGUGAUAAUCGACGACGGAUGGCAGUCCGUCAGCGGAGAUCCGGAGAAAGAGACCUCCGAUUCGCAGCAACAGCAGCCGUUGAUGAGAUUGACCGGAAUCAAGGAAAACCCUAAAUUCCAGAACCAGGAGGAUCCGGCGGCAGGGAUCAAGAGCAUCGUCAACAUCGCGAAACAGAGGCACGGAUUGAAAUUCGUCUACGUCUGGCACGCAAUCACCGGAUACUGGGGUGGCGUCCGGCCGGGGGUGAAGGAGAUGGAGGGGUACGAAUCGGCGAUGAAGUAUCCGAUGGUGUCGAAGGGAGUCGUGGAGAAUGAGCCGACGUGGAAGACUGAUGUGAUGGCGGUUCAAGGGUUAGGGCUCGUGAAUCCGAAGAGUGUGCACAAGUUCUACAACGAGCUCCACAGCUAUUUGGCGGCGGCAGGAAUCGACGGUGUGAAGGUGGAUGUUCAGUGCAUACUGGAAACUCUCGGCGGAGGUUUGGGUGGAAGAGUGGAGCUUACAAGGCAGUAUCAUCAAGCUCUUGAUGCCUCGGUAGCGAGGAAUUUCCCUGACAAUGGCUGCAUCGCUUGUAUGAGCCAUAACACCGACGCAUUGUACUGCUCGAAGCAGACAGCGGUGGUGAGGGCGUCGGACGAUUUCUACCCACGGGAUCCGGUGUCGCACACGAUUCACAUAGCGGCGGUGGCGUACAACAGCGUGUUCUUGGGUGAAAUUAUGCAACCGGAUUGGGAUAUGUUCCAUUCCUUGCAUCCCGCGGCGGAGUAUCAUGCCUCUGCUCGGGCUAUCAGCGGCGGUCCGAUCUAUGUCAGUGAUGCGCCGGGAAAGCACAACUUCGAGCUGCUGAGGAAGCUGGUUCUACCUGACGGGACGAUCCUCAGAGCUCUGCUGCCAGGCAGGCCCACCAGGGACUGUUUGUUCUCCGAUCCAGCUCGCGACGGUGUCAGUUUGCUGAAGAUAUGGAACAUGAACAAGUUCUCAGGAGUGUUAGGUGUUUACAACUGCCAAGGAGCAGCAUGGAACACCACCGAGAGGAAGAACACGUUCCACCAAACGAGGAACGAGGCACUUACGGGCUCCAUUCGAGGCCGAGAUGUUCAUCUCAUCAGAGAAGCAUCAGUGGGCUCGAACUGGAGUGGCAACUGUGCAGUCUACUGUCAAAGCUCCGGCGAACUCACCACCCUUCCGUACAAUGCAUCCCUCCCUGUGUCGCUUAAGGUGCUCGAGUUCCGGAUCUUCACCGUUGCACCUAUCGAGAUCUUGGCUCAAGAAGUAAGCUUCGCGCCAUUGGGGCUGAUUGAAAUGUACAAUGGCGGUGGAGCCAUCCAGGGGCUGAAGUACUAUGAAGUUGGAAAAGUGAGGAUGGAAGUGAAGGGGUGUGGAAAGUUCGGAGCUUUCUCUUCGACAAAGCCUAAGAAGUGCAGCGUGGACUCGAAUGCAGUUGAUUUCGAGUAUGAGUCGUCUUCUGGGUUGAUUGCUUUCACCCUGGACAACUUGCCUGAAGAGGGGAGAUUUCAUGAGGUCGAAGUGGAGCUAUAAACUGAUGGAAGAUAUCUAUUUAUCGUUGAACAUGUGCUAUAGCCUAGAUAUACAACUACUUAGCGUUGAAAUGGCGGGUAUUGUCUACUAGUAAAUUGUGGGAUCUAUACAUUUGGA